AAAUGAAAUAGAGACAAAUUAGACCGUUUACAAAGUCGCAAAAUAAGGAGGACAAAAUAAAACACGACGCAUUUAGCUGUUCUACGAGUGGUCUGAGGCAGGUGUUAGAUUACGAGCAUUUUCAAGUGCAACGUUAUAACGAUGGUUUUGGUUAACAGCUCGGAGAUUUAACGAUACUCCUAUGAUCUUAGCCGUAAAAUGCUUUUUGGAGACCAUGCCCUGGUCUUUAAUAAACUAUACUCCAUUAUUGCACCUGCUGCGACUAUGAUGGGCGUCAAAUUCGAACCACUUCAUACCAGGAGCGAGAGGGUUAAAACUGGGAGGGGAUCACUCUCUGGAGCCUGACGUAUCCAGCACAGUCAUUGCAGAACUGGGUUGCAACGUUAUUAAAAGCUGCAUAAUACCGCUGGAUCAUCGGCGUUGCAUGCAUUUAAAUACAGGCAUCCUCCCAGGCCUAUUGAAGGCGACUGGAAUGCUUUUUCACACCUCUACAACGUUCAGGAAAUUCGGACUUAUUUUCUUGGUUUCUAUAUCUGUACAGAGGGCGUUGCAGGAAAGACGAAAGUGACAUGCCCUUCAUUCGUAGCCGGACGCGGUUAAUUCAGAAUGGUGCAUUUUAAUUUGUGUAUCUUGAAUACGCGGAUUUAGGUAUAAUUGUUGUGAUAACUGCGGAUAUGACCAUAUCUAUUACAAAUCGAUCAAAACGGAUGCUAAAAUGCGAGGUGCCAGGUCGAUUUGAGCGGGUGGAUGGCCAAUCUGAUGUUAACAAUUGCGUUUCUCCCCGCGUCUGCCGCGUUGCUAUGCUGUGAAGCUGGUCGGGAAUACCGGGCACUCGAGCCAUGCUUCCCGGGGUCGGCGUGUUUGGCACCAGCUUGACCGCGCGUGUGAUUAUCCCUCUUCUGAAGAACGAAGGAUUCGCCGUCAAGGCUCUAUGGGGACGGACUCAGGAGGAAGCAGAGGAGUUGGCCAAGGAAAUGAAUGUACCGUUUUAUACCAAUAGAAUCGACGACGUUUUGCUGCAUCAGGAUGUGGAUUUGGUGUGCAUUAACCUGCCUCCACCUUUGACGAGACAGAUUGCUGUCAAAACAUUAGGUAUCGGUAAGAAUGUGAUCUGUGACCGAACCGCCACCCCACUGGAUGCCUUUCGCAUGAUGUCGGCUGCCCAGUACUACCCCAAGCUGCUGAGCAUCAUGGGAAACGUACUGCGCUUCCUUCCCGCCUUCGUACGCAUGAAGGAGCUAGUGGAGGAGGGCUACGUGGGGGAGCUGCUGGUCUGCGAGGCCCAGGUCCACAGCGGCAGCCUGUUGGGUAAGAAGUACAACUGGAGCUGUGACGACCUGAUGGGCGGUGGGGGGCUGCACUCGGUAGGCAGCUACAUCAUUGACCUGCUCACCUUUCUCACGGGCCAGCGGGCGGCCAAGGUGCACGGCUUCCUCAAGACUUUCGUCAAGCAGACGGAGCACAUCUGCGGCAUCCGACAGAUCACCAGUGACGACUUCUGCACCUUCCAGAUGGUGCUGGAGGGCGGCGCCUGCUGCACCGUCACACUCAACUUCAACGUGCCUGGUGACUUCCGCCAGGAGGUGAUCGUGGUGGGCACAGUGGGCCGGCUGACGGUCAGUGGCACGGACCUGUACGGCCAGAAGAACACCACGGAGGGAGGGCCGGAGCUACUUCUGAAAGACAGCACCCCUCUGGAGAAGGCCUCCCUACCGGAGAAGGCUUUCAGUGACAUCCCUUCGCCCUACCUGACAGGAACCAUCCGUAUGGUGCAGGCGGUGCGUCAGGCCUUCGAGGACCAGGACGACCGGCGCACGUGGGAUGAAAGGCCGCUGACUAUGGCGGCCACAUUUGAGGACUGCCUGUACGCACUUUGCGUGGUGGACACCAUCAAGAAGUCCAACCAGUGCGGCGAGUGGCAGAACAUUGAGGUAAUGAAAGAGGAGCCCGAGGUAAGCCCGGCGUACCUUAUCAGCGAGGCCAUGCGGCGCAGCAGGAUGUCGCUCUACUGCUAGCACUGGCACCUAAAUGGCUGUCUGGUGCUAGAGACUGGGGGUGAGAGAGCUGUCACUGUGCCCUCAUUGGUUCGCUACCCUAAAAAAAGAUGUGAACAGUGAUGAACUCCAAUCUCCUUGUCCUCUCUUCUGCAUGAUCUAUUCUGGAAUCACUAAGCCGCGCAUCGUGACUCUGAGAAAGUGGAGGAAUAAAGAGCACCUCCAAAAACAAAAAGGCGUUGCCUUUGGAUGCUACACUCGGGACAACAGUGGUUUAACUGUACCUCUAGAGAGGUGAAUGUUUAAUCCCCAGGGGGCUUCGGACCCUGUCUCUGUGUAUGUCUGCUGUGUGUGAAACCAGAGAAGAAAAACGCAGAGAAAUCAAUUGUUUGUCUGGUAGGGCUUUUAGUGAGGUCCCCUCCUCCGGUUAAGUAUGCAAUAAAUCCAAUCAGAGCUCCAGGCUAGUGGAAUUAAGUCAUCCUAAGCAAAAAAAAAAGUGUGGUGGGUCCCCACUCAUUCGCACUCAGAAUUAUGUCAUCCUGCCUGAAUCAAGGGAAUGCCUUUUUUUGCCUGCUUCUCGUUUUUGUAGUAACGUCCAUAUGCAAUAGACCGACACAUAAUCUGUGGAUGGUGGUGCAAUCCCAUGCUAUGCUGUGAGUAAAACCUAGGCACAUGUUUUCUAUCUCAAGGUCAUGCCUGUUGCUAAGCUAAUAUCCUUAGCUUAGCCAGCUAGGUUAGCGGUGCAUGCGAUUUAAAGCUUAUUACACAACAGCAGCAAUGUAGAGUGAAACAAUCAGUAAUAGUGUCCCUCUGGGUUAGUGCAUGAAUGGGACACUUUCACGCAUGAAACAUUCCCAUCUGCUUGUAAAGGCUAGUGUUUUGUGACUCUUUAUAGUUUGUGUAAAUAUGUAGCUUAGUACUACUAACAGAAGGGCAAGUAGAACAUGGCCUAUUUUUUGAGAAGACCUCUGGUUUUCACCUCAUCACUAUCCACAUCACUAUCCACACAGGUUACACGAGAUAAUGGUAGUACAGUAGCAUAAAUUCACGAAGCCAAAACAUUUUUGUAUUUUAUUCAAGCUCGAUCUUAUUGUUUCUCCAAUGUUGAUUGUGUUCGCCAUCUGCAUUUGCCUACUUUUCCAUGGUCUUGUAUAAUACAAAAAAGUGAAUAUGGUUUAAAAUGUGUCAUGAUAUAAAUGUACUGUAUGUAUUUUAUUUCUUUUUAAACUAUCUGCAAAAGACAGGAACUGGAACAUGUUUUGAUACACACACUGUUCAGUAUCAAAUUAUUUAUUUUAAAUUUUGGACUGAUUUCGUACUGUCUAGUUCGUGGGCGACAGUUGAGGUAAGAGAGGCCUUUUAGUAUUCAGUUGCUCUGUGUGUUGGUCCAUACUGUGGGAUGUCUGAAGACAAUGACUACUUUGGUUGGAGUAUAUAGACAUUUUUUUAAUCAUGUGAUCCUAAUUUGUAAUAAAUGUUGAUAGGUGCAGCCAUUUUAAGAUUUGUAGCUAUUUAAUCGUUAUCUGUCCAGUCGGCCAUUUUGCCCUGUAUUCAUGUUUCAUCUAUGUGAUAUAUUGUGUUUGACAGUGGGUUUUGGAACAUUUCAUAUUUUUCUGACUAUGCUCCAGUUAGUUUAUUUGGCAUUUUGUGUCGUGCAAGUAAUUUUUUUCAGUAGCUUUUCAACCAACCAGACAACCUUCUCACAUGCCCGCUGACCUUUCCCAGGUUCUGUAAAUAUUAUCUCUCACUGAUGGGUGACCAUGUGUUCUGCAUAGAAACAUGAUAAGAUGUCACCUGUUAUACCAUUGCAGAUCAUAAUAGCUUAUCAAUACUGUAGACUUUCCCCUUUGUCCACUGAGGACCUUUUAUACCAUAAACAUGCCUUGAUCUUUUCAAUGAAACCUGGACAACAUUAUACUGGAAUAAACUCUCCAAAGUUGCACACUAUGGUAUAAGAACCCCCCGGUUACUUGAUGGACUUUGCCAUUUAAAGGAUGGAGAUAUAGAGCAACAUCUAAAGAUGUGCUCUUUCCAACUCUCUCCGUUAGUCCCCUAUAUUCCUAUCCCGGGUCAAGGGCCUUGUUUCAAACAACGCUCCUCUAAAGCUGCACCCAGAGAACAGGAGAGGAAGUCCCCUGUUGAGGCCUUAUAGGGAGGACGUAGGAACCGUGGUUUAGUCCCCAGUCUUUCAGUCUGGAUAAAACUCUAUAGCUUUACAUAUAUGACAGGAAAGAAAUAGGGACUACAUUAAAUCAAACAGUUGAAGUAAACCCUUGCGAACACUUCACAUUAUAACGUAUGCUGAAUCAAACUUAUUAUCAUGUAAUAUCAAUGUAGGGGAGAAAGGGUCAAUGCAAAGUAGAGAGGAGUCCCUUUGCCGGUUUGAUCCAGCACCCAUGUGUAUUUAGGCUUAAUCCUACAUCUUGCUAAGGUGCUGUAGAGCAGUCCUCCUCAAACCUCUCCUCUAGAACCCCCAAAUGUUUUCCUGAUUCACCUCGUCAAGGCUUGCGUUUCUCUGCCCAGACAUUGAUGACGCAUGCCAGUUAUUACUGGCAUUUUGCGUAUCAGAUAACCACAUAUGUUAGAGCAAUCUGGUGCCCGACGGCACAGUUGAUGAGGUGGCACGUGACCAUUGGUUGAGUCAUGCAACUUCUGACCAGGGGAAUGCAACCAAGGGCUUGACGAUUAGUUGAUAAGUUGAAUCAGGUGGAAUAGAUCAAAUACGUGGACUGGCUGGUGGUCCCCGAGGAGAGGUUUGAGGAUCACUGCUCUAGAGGCACCUUACCAUUUUCUUCUACACUGAACAAAAAUAUAAACGCAACAUGCAACAAUUGCAAGGAUUUUACUGAGUUUUAUAAUUCAUGGAAGGAAAUCAGUCAAUUGAAAUGCAUUUCUCAGGCCCUAAUCUAUGGAUUUCACAUCACUGGGAAUACAGAUAUGCAUCUGUUGGUCACAGACACCUUAAACGAAAAGGUUGGGGCGUGGAUCAGAAAACCAGUCAGUAUUUGGUGUGACCUCCAUCAUGCAGCGCGACUCCUUCGCAUGGAGUUGAAUCAGACUGUUGAUGGUGGCCUGUAGAAUGUUAUCCCACUCCUCUUCAAUGGCUGUGCGAAGUUGCUGGAUAUUGUCGCAACCUGGAAAACGCUGUCGUACACAUCGAUUCAGAGCAUCCCAAACAUGGGUGACAUGUCUGGUGAGUAUGCAAGCCAUGGAAGAACUGGGACAUUUUCAGCUUCUAGAAAUUGUAUACAGAUCUUUGCGACAUGGGGCCCUGAAUUCUGCCAGGCCGCAGUUGCAAAUGAGAACUUGUUCUCAACUAGCCUACCUGGUUAAAUAAAGGUGAAAAAAAAAAAAAAUUCUCAUUCUGAAACAUGAGGUGAUGGUGGAAGAUGAAUGGCACGACAAUGGGCCUCAGGAUCUCGUUUACGGAUUCUAUGUGCAUUCAAACUGCCAUCAAUAAAAUGUAAUUGUGUUCGUUGUCUGUAGCUUAUGCCUGCCCACACCAUAACCCCACCGCCACCAUGGGGCACUCUGUUUACCACAUUGACAUCAGCAAACCACUCGCCCACGCAACGCCAUACGUUGCCAUUUGCUUGGUACAAUUGAAACCAGGAUUCAUCCGUGAAGAGCACACUUCUCCAGCGUGCCAGUGGCCAUCAAAGGAGAGCAUUUGCCCACUAAAGUCUGUUACGAUGCCAAAAUACAGUCAGGUCAAGACCCUGGUGAGGACGACGAGCAUGCAGAUGAGCUUCCCUGAGACGGUUUCUGACAGUUUGUGCAGAUAUUCUUCAGUUGUGCCAACCCACAGUUUCAUCAGCUGUCAGGGUGUCUGGUCUCAGACGAUCCCGCAGGUGAAGAAGCCAAAUGUGGAGGUUCUGGGCUGGCGUGGUUACACGUGGUCUGGACGUACUGCCAAAUUCUCAAAAAUGACGUUGGUAGAGAAAUUAACAUUACAUUCUCUGGCAAAAGCUCUAGUGGUAAUUCCUACAGUCAGCAUGCCAAUUGCGCGCUCCUUCAAAACUUGAGACAUCUGUGACAAAACUGCACAUUUUAGAGUGGCCUUUUAUUGUCCCCCGCACAAGGUGCACCUAUGUAUUGAUCAUGCUGUUUAAUCAGCUUAUUGAUAUGCCACACCUGUCAGGUGGAUGGAUUAGCUUGUCAAUGGAGAAAUACUCAUGAACAGCGAUGUGAACAAAUGUGUGCACAACAUUUGAGAGAAAUAAGCUUUUUGUGCUUAUAAAACAUUUCUGGGAUGUUUUAUUUCAGCUCAUGAAACAUGGGACCAACACUUUACAUGUUGCGUUUUAUAUUUCUGUUCAGUGUAAAUAUCCAGGCCAGUUGAUGUAAAAUGGGUUGGGUAUUUAAGUUGUUGAAUAUUUAAUGUCUGAAAUGAUAAGAUUUCAUGCAUCUGAUGUCUGCUGAUUUGAUUUAUACAUUUGAAUUUAAUCCGGGGGUGUAAAUCUCAUUCCACGGAGGGCCUAGUGUCUGCAGGUUUUGUUUUUUCCUUUCAAUUAAGCCCUAGACAACCAGGUGUGGGGAGUUCCUUACUAUUUGCUUAAUUCAUCAGUCAUGUUCAAGGGAGGAGCGAAACCCGCAGACACUCUGCCCUCCUUGGAAUGAGUUUGACACCCGUGAUGUCAUUUCUUUAUGCCAUUUUUUUUUUUAUAAAGUGUAUGUUUCAGGUAUCAGCUAAUAUUGGUUAUUUUUUAUGAUAAAAUGGAUAUGGAUUUGAAUGGACAACUGCUGUAUUACCAUCAAAGCUGCAACACCUGGACUAUUACUACUGCGGUCAAUACAACUGGAAGACGUGUAUCACUGUACCUGAAGGUAUUACCCUGAGAGCACUGUAGGGGUGCCGUUGUCUGAGGACACUGUAGUCACUGUCUGUCUAGUAUGGGGGGAAAAAAGAAGACCAGUCACAUUACUUAUUGUCAUUGCUCACUUCGCUUGUGGGUUCUUACGAUGCAUCCAGCUCUUGGCUUCAAAAAAGAACAAAACUUGAAACACGGGGGAGAUGUUACAGUUCAAAAUGUUGUGUGUGUGUUGCUGAAAUGUAUAUAUUUUAGAUCUCCUUGCUGUGCCAGCAUUUACAAACACUUGAGGAGAUUGGGGUUUCCUUCUUCAGCAUAGCUAGUAAUCUAGCUAUGUGUGAUAGAUUUGGGAAACAAAGACUCAAAUGUGGUUUGGCCACCUGACUCUGCAAUUCCCCUCCCCCUCUCCCUGCCCUCAGUGCCCUAAGGGGGUCACUCUGUUCAUAAUGAGAGAAGCAACCUCAAAGAAGGUGCUUCUUGUGCACCCUCAGUUCGUCACCUAGCAACCACUGUGGCAGCCACUGUGCCAAAACUCAUCCCAUCUUGGAUUUUUUUCCCCCCUACUCAUUCUCUCUCCUUUUCCUGUUUCUGUGUUUUGUGUUUCACUGACACACUUUCUUCCUCUCUCAACAUUUCUCUUCUUCACUCUCUUUUAUUCUGUCUGUCUGCCUCUCUCUCACACACACAGACAGCCUGGAGGACAAACUCACUUGGUGCUUCUGCAGACCUCUGCUACCUUAGCAUUUUGUUCACCAUUCUGUUUAAAGAGCCUCUUUAUAUUUAAGCUGUAAGAGGACACAUGAUAUUGAUAUAUUUCCCCCACAUUUCACCUACCAUACAAAGUGUCCUUUGUCAUUCAUUAUGUCACAGACAAAGCAACCACUGGGCAAGGAAGCUUACAUUAAGCCUGCUUAUUUUGAUGAAAAAAUAAUUUGUUGUAAUUGUAUUGAUGAUGAUGACGAUGGUCAUUUGAUAUGUUAUGUCUUAUCUCAAUGUAGAUAUGAUGGCAAAAGUCAGUUAAGCAAAUGACUACUGCUGUUAGUUGGGUGACUGUUUCCCUUCAUACUGAGGAAACCCUAAACUCUACUCCUACUUGCCCUAGUGUCCAUUUUCUUGACUCCAGGCUGGAGUAGCCAAUCAGGCAGUAGCCAAUCUGGUAGUCCCAGACUCCCGGCCCCUUUUGUUUACUGGGCUCAUUAGGUCAGAAGUGGUGACUAUGGUGACCGCUGAAAAGGGUGACACACGCACACCGGAACCCUCCCCAACAGGUUAGUAAAUGCUGAUAAUCACAGUUUGCUGUACCGUUAAAUUGCUUAGUUCAUGUUGAAGGAAAUAUCCGUCUUGAUGCUGUAAUGAUGUUUGUUGACUAUUUAUUAUACUAUAAGUAUAUCGUGGACGCAUGGACCUUUGUAAAUAUUUUGAACCAAUAGGCUCAUAUUAAUCAGUCUUAAACUAGAGAAUGUACUGUAGGAAUAUAUUUAUAUCUAUAUUUUCUAUAUAUCUGAAAAUGACAGUUGUGAUUUGGGAGUUGGGUGUCACAUUAACGGUCCUCAUUUCUCUCUUUGUGGAAUAUGGAAAGGCAUGAUCAUGUGCAUCUGUUAAUGAAGUCUUCAUUCAUUCCUUGGGCUGGCUCUGUGAACCCUUUGUCAGUGUUCUACUGUUUGAUCUCCCCGCUCCAGUGCUCUGCAUCGCUAUUGUGUAUGUGUGUGUUAACAGUAAGCGAAUGUGUGUGUGUGUGUGUUGCUGGGGGGGGGAAAUGUGUCUUGUUCUGAACACAUCACCCUGGUGUUCAUGAAAGCCUGCAACAUGGUUUACCGCUUUAAAACUUGUCCGAUGCUGCAGUUUAGGGAUAAAAAAAAAUUGAUACCUACCUA